UUCAAAAAGCCGCGCUGUCCGCUGACUGCCUACGUUGUAAAAUCGGGUCUCUCCUUGAAGCCAGUUCGGGGGACUCGACGACUGAGAGUGUGUGUGUGUGUGUAUAUGUUACGCGCUGGUGUGUGCCUCGUAUGGAUAUAAGGACGCUGUAGAGCAAUUUGAAAGACGGAUUAUACAAGCAAGCUGGGAUGCUGGCAGACGUCGACGGCGCCGAGUUGGCGCCUGUUCCUUGCACAUGCUGUGAAAACAUCUGCAGACAUCAUCUUCCAAGCCAUGGAAAUCUUCGCACUCAGUGCCCUUUCCUGCAGAGCAAUUGAAACAUGGAACAAGUUUAAUGGAAACGCUGGGAAUCUAAGUCGACAGGAUAUCAGCCAUUUGUUUCGAUCAAUGGGGUUCUCUCCGUCUGAAUCUCAAGUUCACGAGAUAUGGCAGUUGACACGCACGAACCACGGCCCAUUUAACUUCGGCAUCUUUUAUAUUUGUUUGUCCGAAAUGAAGUACUCCAAUGACAAGCCGGUACCAAGAAUCGAGCCGCUGUCAAAGCUCGACAGUCGAAAGCAGCUCAUGAAACGGAGGUCGGAAUCUGUCGAAAGUUCUUAUGAUGUUUUCCUUGGUGGGUCCUGCAAUCCCACGACUUGGCGCACGGACACUGCCAUUCCAAAACUGAAGGAAUUUGGGAUCUCAUACUAUAACCCUCAGGUAGCACAAUGGGUUCCUGAACUCAUAGAGCGGGAAAACCAAGCAAAAGAGAGUGCGAAAGUCAUGUUUUUCGUCAUUGACAACCAGACCAGGUCUGUGGCUUGCAUGAUUGAGGCUGCACAUGUGGCAGGCACUGAAAGGAAGCUGAUGCUCAUCCUCAAUGAUCCAGCCGAGCCUGGAAGCCUCGUUCUGGGGGAGCCCAUCUCGGAAAAGGAGCACAAGGAUCUGAAACAAGGAAGGGAAUAUCUCAAGGACAUUGUCGAGAUGAGGGAGAUACCCGUUUUUCAAGACAUCCACAAAGCUCUGGUCGAGACCAAGCGAGUGGUCAAAGAGAACAUUCCACCGCAAAGGCUAGAAACCAGGAAAACGGGCAUCUCGGUGCCUCAGCGGCCCCUGGCGGGCAAGUGCCUCAAAUAUAAGGGGGCCUUCGACAACAACUCCUCAAGGAAUGGAGAAAUACAGAUCACAGAUCUUAAGCUGGAAUUCAAAGCACUCACAGGGAGGGAGCUGCCCCAAGAAUGCUUGGAGGCCAUCGCAAGCAGGGCUCAAGGCGCAGUGACAAACGGCAGCAAGGUAGACAUCGACAACCUGCGAAUAAGUUUUGACCAGUUCUGCGUCAUUCUCUGCGAUUUGAAGCAUCAGAACAAGAACGGCAGUGUGCUCAACAACUUCUUGCAGAGCGUGGCAUCCUCUUUACGUGGUUUGUUCUUCCCAGAACGUCCAGGUGUCCUCAACGGAGUGCUGCCCUUGGACUGCGCUCACAUCUACCUGGGUGGAGCAUUAAAGAGCAGCACCUGGAGAGAGGAAAUUGCCAUUCCAGCACUAAAGAAACAGGGACUCACACAUUUCUACCCCCUCCCAUCACCAUGGAACGAGCGCUUCACCCCCUUGGAAAUGCACCGCAUAGAGAACAGCAAGGUCUUACUGUUUGUCAUCACAAAGACGGAAAGGUGCCUCUCCGAGAUGCUGGUGGCUGCGCACUACGUUGGCCGUGGUUGCAACGUCGUCCUCUGCAUACAAAACUUGGAAGACGGAAUCGUCAUCGACGGCGAGCAGUUAACGGAGCUUGCCAUCAAGGACUACAACAGGGGCAGAAUGUACCUGUCGGACCUCGCCACAAGGUCUGGAGUGCCCGUGUACGACGACAUUUCAGAAGCAGUCGCCGCCGCAGCCGAGAAGUGCAAAAAGUGUCACACGUGUACAUAAGACUAAUGGACUACAGAACAGUGCGAAAACUCUCACGCCAAGACGGGUGCUUCACAUCAUCCAUUGCUCAUUCCACAGUGUACAUACCUAGCAUACCAUCUCUGUGCUCGACAAGAAGGGGGCGUCGUGAAUGUAGGGGGUUUCACUUCGAAGCGUGUAAAUAGCAGCCCACACAAUUGUCCUCAUCCAUCUGCAAAUACAGGAGCAUCUCAUAACAUUGCAUUUAAUGCUAUUCCAAGGCUAUUUAGUCGACUGUAUUAAAUCUCAUGUUCUGUCA